AUGAAUAGGAAUACGACUACCAAUAAGAACGCGAAUUUGAAUAACAGUAGAAAUGCUAACGCUCCCGGUGAAGCAGGUCAUCAGAACAAGACGGGAUUGAUAUACUGGACUAACCCUAGCAAGUCGGGUGCGAGCUUUGCUGCGACUCUGGUGAGUUUGCUGAUCCUCAGAAAUGUCAAUGUUAUUUCUGUUUUACUUAAGAUCGGAUACAUGGUGUUGUUCACGAGUUUUGCGGUGGAGCUUUCUACAAAGGUGCUAUUUGAUAAAGGAGUAGUGUCUAGGUUUGGCAUGCAAGAGUCUCCGGACCUUGUUGGCGUCUUAAAGCCUCAUAUCGACCGCGAAUUGGAUCGUCUGCCUGCGUUAGAGGACAGAAUCAGAAAGUUAGUGUUUGCACACAGAACAAGAAACAAUUUUACCAUUGGUGUUUCCCUCUAUUUCUUGCACGGCCUAUUUGCUAUAUUCUCUAUGAACACUGUUUUGAUAAUGACCACCAUCUUUUUGUACACUGUGCCUUUAAUCUACGAUAGAAAGCAGGCUAGAAUUGACCGUGCUAUCGACAGGAUGAAGGAUCUAGUUAUUCAUAGGUUUCACAAAAAUUACAACAAGGUGGUUGAAAAGACUGAACCAUACAUUGACAAGAUUAUCCCACCCCAAACCGAUGAAGGCAGCUACUCAACCUCUAUCAGUAACGAAAACAAAUCUUCUACUUCUCAACGUAACAAGAGCGGCCUUUCCUCUUCUGAGUUUGACAACAUGAACGACACGUCAGCCUCCAAAAGUGGCAAAGACAGCUAUUCUACCUCUCAAUAUAACCGAGCCGAAUAUCCAGUUUCUCAGAAUGAGAAUAUUGGCACCUUAAAAUCUGGGAAGCAGGAAAUACCAACAGAGAAGGAUUUCAACAACAGGCAUGAAAACUUCAGUAAACCAGAUGUCAAGACAUAUGAUCCAAGAACAGUUGAUAUUGAAGAAGAAUUAGCAGCUCAUCAGCGUGAACUGGAGCAAAACCUAAAAGAUGGUGAUUACAAUCUGGUAGGAAGCAAGGAAAUCCCAGAUCCAAUCACCGUUCCAGCUCCAACUAGACACACCACUAAACCCGCCGAAAGCCAAUCGAUUCCCAUCAAGAAUAAUGAAACCUUACACAAAACCACGCACGGCCUAAAGCAAAAAUUGCAACACGCAUAA